AUGCCUUUUCGUCGGAGAUACCUUCGUCCAGGCGUUCGGCCUCUGAAGCCGAAGACCGAAACCUAUACGACAGCUCCCAGACAUCGGUUUCGUCUCUUUCAGAAGCUACCUCCAGAACUCCAGCUCAUGAUAUGGGAUUUCUGGCGCGAGGAUAGGCUCGAGGUCAGACACUUUAUGUUCUAUUUUACGGAAGGUCUUUGCUACGGAGCUUAUGACUUCCAGCGCAGAAUCUUCAUCACUGAAGAGAUUCCUGUGGACCCAAUGCGGGUCAAAAUCGACCUCAGGGUUUCCAGAUACCCAGUACAAAAGCUCAAUAACUGGCGUCAAUUGGGCCAUGCUCUGAGAGGGAAGGCUCCUCGCGUGGCGGCGUCAUCACCGUUUGCCUGGGUUGACUUUAAGAAGGACGGGUUCGUCACCUAUGAUCUGCUUCCGGAAUGGUGGAGGCCACGAUACUUCGCUUUUGAUAAAUGCUACAGUGAUUGGUGGCGACAUGUUACCCAUCUAAAUCUCUGUGUGCGCAAAGAACUCAAGCCGGAAUUCUACAAUUACCUACCCGAUGAGCUUUGUGCUCUUAAAACUUUAUCUAUCCUACGAGUGCCCCCACUUCGCUGCAAACGCAAUAAUUUCAUGUUCUUAAUAGACCAAGGCCUUCUCCAAAGAGGAUUUCAGUACCCUGAUUCCUGGGAUGAAACUCUCGCCAGAGACAAAAUUUUAAGUUCCAUACGAUUUGAGUAUCAGAGACCUGUCAAGACAGCUGCUGAACAGAUAGAACAUUCCUUUCGUAUGAGCGGCCGCGAGAUCGAUAUCAAGAUCGUUUGGGAUACUACGCGAUACGAGACACAAUAA